CUUGGAAAGUUCAAAAAUACUAAUAAUAACAAUACAAAAUUUUGCAAGCGUAUGACAGUGUUUAUUAGGGCGAGUGUAAAGUUUUUAAUGUCUAAAAUACGUCUCUUUGCUUGAAGUUGAGUGGUUUGCUUCAGUUACAUUAGAACAAAACGGUGAAUGAGAGCUGUUGAAAAAAGUACCACUUCGCCUUCCCUCAGCUGGUCAUCAGUGAGUGAGUUAGCUAGUUAGCAGCUAGCCUCAGCAGCUGGUAGCUAUGGCUGCAGUUAUUUUGAGUUUCCCAACUCUGCAGGGUCUGAGGAUAUUUACACAAAAACUGUCAUGGACCGAAAGAGGGGUGAGGCUCGUUUCAGGAGGGGUGGGAAGGAUAGAGAAGGUGCUGAUUGCCAAUCGAGGAGAGAUUGCGUGUCGUGUGAUGCGCACAGCCAAGAAGAUGGGCGUCCGCUCUGUGGCUGUAUACAGUGAUGCAGACAGACACUCCAUGCAUGUGGCCAUGGCAGAUGAAGCCUACCGUAUCGGUCCUCCACCCUCCCAGCAGAGUUACCUCUCCAUGGAGAAAGUUUUGGAAGUGGCCAAGACAUCUGGAUCACAUGCGGUCCAUCCUGGUUAUGGCUUUCUGUCAGAAAGCACAGAGUUUGCAGAGGCGUGUAAACAGGAAGGCAUCAUUUUCAUUGGACCACCUUCCUCUGCCAUCCGAGACAUGGGCAUUAAAAGGGAUUACAUUACUGAAGAUAUUUAUCUUGAAUCUCAUUGUGAACCAAUUGGGAUGCGUAUCGCACGGUCAGACACAGACUUCUUGGAGCAGUUGGAGUCAGCGAGACGAGAAGCAAGAAAAUCCUUCAAUGAUGAUGUCAUGCUAGUUGAGAAGUUCGUAGAGGAUCCCAGACAUGUGGAGGUGCAGGUGUUCGGGGACAUGCACGGUAACGCUGUUUAUCUGUUUGAGAGAGACUGCAGCGUCCAAAGAAGACAUCAGAAGAUCAUAGAGGAAGCACCAGGGCCUGGUAUUAGUCCCGAGGUUCGGAGGAAACUUGGAGAGGCAGCAGUUAAAGCAGCCAAGGCUGUCAACUAUGUAGGAGCAGGUACGGUGGAGUUUAUAAUGGACGCCCAGCAUAACUUUUACUUCAUGGAGAUGAACACCAGGCUGCAGGUGGAGCAUCCUGUCUCUGAGAUGAUCACUGGAACUGACCUGGUGGAGUGGCAGCUCAGGGUGGCAGCAGGGGAGCGCCUGCCUCUCCUCCAGGAUGACAUCAUUUUAAGGGGACACUCUUUUGAGGCUCGUAUCUACGCCGAGGACCCAAACAACGACUUCCUUCCAGGGGCGGGGCCUCUGCUGCAUCUCUCCACCCCUUCAGCAGACCAACACACACGCAUAGAGACUGGAGUCAGGGAAGGGGACGAGGUGUCGGCACAUUAUGACCCAAUGAUCGCCAAGCUUGUGGUGUGGGGAGAAGAUCGAUCUGCUGCCUUAAAGAAACUGCGCUACUGCUUACGACAGUACAAUAUCGUGGGACUGAACACUAACAUUGACUUUUUGCUGAGUCUUUCGGGUCACCCAGAGUUUGAGGCUGGAAACGUGACCACCAGCUUCAUCCCUCAGCACUACGCUGACCUCUUCCCCACUCCGAGGACUCCCUCUGGGCAAACGAUCUGCCAGGCGGCCCUGGGCCUGGUGCUGCAGGAGAGGAAACACACACAGGAAUUCACACAGAUGUCCACUGACCCCUUCUCCCCAUUUGGCUCGAGCAGCGGCUGGAGAAGCAACAUUCAGUUCAAUAGAAACAUGACGUUUCAGCUGGGAGACAAAAAAGUUGAUAUGGUCGUUGUGUAUAACAAAGAUGGAAGCUACAUAAUGCAGAUUGGUGAGGAGGUGUAUCAUGUGACUGGGGAGGUGGAAAUGGAAGAUGGAGCGUCAUUCCUUCACUGUUCUGUCAACGGCAUGAAGUCUCGUCCCAAACUGGUAAUCCUGGACAACACAGUGCAUCUGUUCUCCACGGAGGGAAGCGCCGAAGUGUCUGUUCCAGUGCCCAAGUAUCUGGCUGGUGUAAGCGGCUCUGGGGCUCAAGGUGGAGCUGUGGCCCCCAUGACUGGAACCAUAGAAAAGGUGAUGGUAAAGGCUGGAGACAAGGUGGCUGUGGGAGACCCGCUGAUGGUCAUGAUCGCCAUGAAGAUGGAGCAUACGAUUCGGGCGCCAAAGUCAGGUGUGAUCAAGAGAGUUUUCUUCAGCGAGGGCUCUCAGGCCAAUCGUCACGCUCCUCUGGUGGAAAUGGAAGAGGAGGCGGAGGGGGGGGAGGGGAGCAGCCAGUAAACAGACUGAAACGCACACCCAUGAAUACACACACCGACAGGUAGGAGAGAGCCGGAACUAGUUACUGUGGCAGCUUGAGGGAAAGUGAGUCAAUUUGAACGAAGUUGGUGUCCAUCACUUCAAUAGUAUGUCUGAAAAUGUGAAUCAGGACCUGAGUCAUCUGUUGGAGCGCGUCUGGUUCAGUCUGGAAUAAAUUAGAAAAAUACUUUCACCCUGGAGACCAACCAUUCAUAACAAAGGUCAAACAAUUCGUGACCUAAAAAUGUGACUUUGAAUUUGACUUGAGUGACAGCCAGCGGGUAAACACUACAACAAUCUCUACAAUUCACUUUUUACACAUCAGAAUAUUACCUUUCUGUUUUUGUCUUUUCUUUCCUGUGUGUUUAUUUGUUUGAAUAAGUAAAGCUCUGGCAACUUGUGCUUGCAAUUCUCCUCCCCAUGUGUUUGUCUCUGGUGUAGUCUUAGUAAAAGAGUUGGGCUAGGUAUUCUUUUGUUCAGCCCAGUUUAAUGCACCUUCUGUACUGAUGAGGUUGACAGCUGAGUGUGUAGUAGUAGUACUACUUACUACUAAACCAUUACACAGGGAAAAACUAAAUAGUCUAAUAAUACUUGUAAGCAAAUCUUAGGCAGAAGAUAAAAUGUGAAAUCAGACAAAAUAUUUUCUGAAUUAUUGCAUAAUGGGUUAUAGAAAUAUUUCCUGAAGAUUGAGGUAGGAAAACAUUUAUUGUACAUGAUCUUAAAGGAUUUACUGAGUGUGAACGCAUCUACUUGUAAUGCUUAAUAACAGGCUUGUCUGGGGAAAAAUGAACUAUGUAUCUCAAUUUUAGAAAACUGUCCUACCACCUAUAAGUAUCCUUCAAAAAUGCAUUGCAUGCAUUAAAACAAUACUGCUUUUCUUAAUCAUUAUGAAUUCACACGUGGAAGCUACAUGGCUUUCGCUGCACAGUGACUUUAGGAGAGAUUUCCUAGAUGUAAACCUAGUUUUUUGGUGCAGGAAAUAUUUUGUAUUUGGGUUUGUUAUUGUCCCGUCUUUCCACAUCCGCAACAUGCUGUCCUUGCAGAUCAAACUCUUCAUUUACCCUUAAAAGUGUGUGUGCUCUGCUCUUAUAAUAAAAAAGAAAAAAACAGAGGUCUGCUAUAAGCCUCUGUCGUUGGAUGUAAAGGUGUAACAUGACACUGAGGAGAACGGCCUUUAGGUUUAGGAAGCAGAAAAACACUCCAGAAUUAUCAAAUGAUUUUCAACUUUUGUGACCCGAUUUGACUCUGAUUUAAAAAUAACCCUUAAAGGACGACGUGUCGGUCGCAGAGGGUUUUAAACAAACAGUUGGUUGUUUUGUGUAAAUCCGCUGUGAGUUCAAGUGAACUUGACCUGUUACUGCUGAUUACUCUCUUUUCACUAGCUGGUGUGUUAUGAGGCCUUGUAGAUUAAAUCAUACACUUGUUAAUUUUGUAGAUGUGUGACAGAUGAUUAAAAA